AGAGGGAGAGAGAGAGAGAGGGAGAGAGAGAGAGAAAAGCAAACGACCUCUCACUCUACUUUCUUUGCGAAAGGGGCGAUGAUGGCUAACGAUGGGGUGGAGAAGGGUGAGGAGACGGAGCAGAUGAUCGAGAAGGAAGCGGUCCAGGAGGCGGGUGGUGCCCGAGGGGAUGCCAAGGAGAUCAGGGCUGUGGUCCUCAGCGGCUAUGGGGGGCUCAACAAACUGAGGGUGACGAAGAAAGCGAUGCCCGAGCCCCAGGGCAGGGACAUAAAGAUCCGCGUCAAGGCUUGCGGCUUAAACUUUAUAGACUUGAUGGUCCGCCAGGGGAACAUAGAUAACCCCCCGAAGACCCCGCUGGUACCCGGCUUCGAGUGCUCCGGGAUCGUGGAAGGUUUGGGAGACACCGCAAAAGGCUUCGAGAUCGGUGACCGGGUGAUGGCGUUCGUUAACUACAGCAGUUGGGGGGAGGUGGUGUGCACCCCCAUGGAGUUUGUCUACAAGAUUCCCGACGACAUGGGGUACCCGGAGGCAGCGGCCUUCCCCAUGAACUUCGUGACCGCUUACAUGAUGCUCUUCGAAGUGGCAAACCUCCGGGAAGGCAUGUCUGUGCUGGUUCACUCCGCGGGCGGAGGAGUGGGUCAGGCAGUCGCCCAGCUGUGCUCCACCAUCCCCGAUGUGACCGUGUUCGGUACAGCCUCUUCCUUCAAGCACGAAGCCAUCAAAGACUCCAUCACCCACCUCAUCGACAGGAACGCAGACUAUGUGCAGGAGGUGAAAAAAGUCUCACCGGAUGGCGUGGACAUUGUCCUGGAUUGCCUGUGCGGUGAAAACACUGGCAAAGGCCUGGGGCUCCUGAAACCUCUUGGAACUUACAUUCUGUACGGCUCAUCAAAUAUGGUUACCGGGGAAACGAAAAGCUUCUUCAGCUUUGCCAAAUCGUGGUGGCAGGUUGAGAAGGUGAAUCCCAUCAAACUUUAUGAAGAGAACAAAGUCAUGGCUGGAUUCUCGCUCCUCAAUCUUCUCUUCAAGCAGAGCCGGAGCGACCAGGUCAGAGCGGUGAUGGACAAGCUGUUAGCACUUUACAGCCAGAAGAAGAUCAAACCUUUGGUGGAUUCUCUGUGGGCCCUGGAGGAGGUGAAGGAAGCCAUGCAGAGGAUCCAUGACCGAGGGAACAUAGGAAAGCUGAUCCUGGACGUCGAGAAAACUCCAACUCCCCUUAUGGCAAAUGACAGCACGGAGACCAGCGAGGCGGGAGAGGAAGAGGAGGAGCACGAGGGAGACAACGGCAGCAAAGAGCGCACGCCCUUCAUCCAGUAACCGCUCGCACCGAAUCCCGCCGACCAACGGGCGCUUUGCCUUGCGUGGCCGAAAUGAGGAUUGGCGCUCUGCCCCAUCCCCCCAAUCCCCCCC